GUAGUCCUAAACUUUUUAUGGGCUUUUAUGGUGAUGAUGCCACAGGCGGUACCACAUUACAACUGAAUCAGUGGUACCAUGUAUCGUAUGUCUACGACUAUUCGAUUAAAAAACACUAUAUUUACUUAAAUGGAAUAUUAGAUGAAGUAUCUGCUAAUACUCCGGCAGGAUCAUAUAAAGGAUCAGCGCGAAAUUUAACUAUCGGUAGAAAUUUUGUUGUACGAACGCCAUUAAAUUUUUUUAACGGAUAUUUAGAUUCAAUGGUAUUUAUUAACAAUGUGAGAACGGCUUGUGAUAUUAUGAUUGAUGCUACAUUAGCUGCUUAUUAUUCAAUGGAUUUGACAUUUGCGAUUAUUCGUGUCGGAUGUCCGAUAAAUGUGAGUUUGCAGAGUUUCUAGCUCUCACUAAACCUCAAAGACCUGCCGAAUAAAAUAACGAGCCGAGUUCAGUGGUGCAGAACUGUUUUACCUGCUGGGCUGUUUAUAGGAAAAUAGAAACGUUCUUAGAUUCCAUUUAUCAUCUUUUUCAAUAUAAUGCGUGUUAACAUUGAUUUUGUAGUGUCAAUUCUCCGAUCAAACAAAAAGGCCAGGUUAAAAUCUGUGAGACAAACAGCUGUUAAGAUCUAUGGCUUUUAGUGAGUGGGUAGAAAUCUAACAAUUGUGUGGACCAUAAAGAUCAGUUGAGAUUGUCUAACCCAGUUAAUGGGAUGAGUAGAGUUUAAUCAAAACUAUUUGUCAAUCAACUCUUUUGAAAAAAACAUUGU